AUGGAAUCGGGGAACUUUCCACCAUCUUCAUCAUCGCAAAUCAUCGACGAACAACCUUUGAUAUUAGAUAAUGUUGAUGAGUUCAGCACCGAUGAUGAAUUAGACAACGUACUUGAAGAUGACAACAACGACGAACAAAUCACACAAUCAUCUACACAUGUCAUUCCAGAGUUGAAUGAACGUAUGCAGUUCCAGUCAAAGGACGGAACUAUUGCUGCAAUCAAACAUUAUCACAUAACCAACGGUUACAAAUACACCGUCGUUGAAUCGAAGCCCAACAUUUAUGUCAUUCGUUGUGUGGAAUAUCACAACGGUUGUCAAUGGCGUUUGAGGGCAGCUUAUAGCAAAGUCCGUAAGUAUUGGGAAAUCAAGAAUAUCGACGGCCAACAUUCGUGUUUCUCAACCAUACUAUCUCAAGAUCAUACAAAUCUUGAUAGUUCUCACAUUGCCGCGAUCAUAUCAAAUUCAGUCCGCACAAACCCAUCCAUUCCAAUCAAGAGUUUGAUUGCCGAUAUUAAAGCUCGAUUUAGAUAUUGUGUGUCAUACAAAAAAGCUUGGAUCGCUAAACAAAAGGCUCUUGCUAUGGAGUUUGGAGAUUGGGAGGACUCUUAUAACCACAUGCCGAGAUGGUUGCAUGCCGUGAAGGAGGCAAACCCAGGUACAAUUUUACAAUGCACUGGUUCUCCAGUGCAGAUUAAUGGACAAACUGACAAUAAUUGCUAUAUUAUGGAAAGAGUUUUCUGGUCUUUCGGUCCCUGCAUACAAGGAUUCAAAUACUGUAAACCCAUUCUCCAAGUUGAUGGUACAUUUCUAACGGGUAAGUAUCAUGGAACUUUGCUCACCGCCAUAGCUCAAGGUGGCAAUAGAAAUCUUUUUCCCUUGGCCUUUGCCAUUGUAGAAGGUGAGACAAAGGAGGCCUUGAUAUGGUUCUUUCAACUACUUCGAGAACAUGUUUGCCGUCAACAAAAUAUUUGCAUCAUCACUGACAGAGGAAAGGGUAUCCUAUCGGCCUUAAGAUCGGAAGAAGUUAGUGGGGAACAAGAUGGUUUGAACUCUGUUUAUUGCAUACGUCAUCUAGCAUCAAACUUCAACAACAAAUUCAAAAAUCAUGACCUCAAAAAACAAUUCAUCAAUUUAGCUUACGAGGUCAAGCAACCAACUGUGACGGCAAAACUUACUGCACUAAGAGCCCAAUACCCACAACAAGUUGAUUGGAUAGAUAAAAUCCCAUUACAAAAAUGGUCUCAGGCUUUUGAUGGAGGGAGAAGAUAUGGACAUAUAACCACUAAUCUUGCUGAGUGCAUCAACUCCAUUUUAAAGGGAGCACGUUCAUUACCAAUAUGUGCUCUCAUCAGAACAACAUUUGAGAGGACACAAUCAUGGUUUGUUGAACGAGGAUUAAAGGCGAACUAUAUGCUACAAGCAGGCCACCAAUUUCCUGAACAAAUCGCCGACAUCAUUAGGAAAAGUCAACAACAAUCCGCAUUUUGUCAUGUUCAUCGCUACAACCGUGAGAAUUCUGAAUUUGAUAUUCGUGAAAUUUCAACACCUCACCACUACCGCCAUGUUCCACUUUCCUAUAAGGUCAGCCUAAAUGAAUGGUGGUGUGAUUGUGGUCACUUCCAGGCUACUCGUCUCCCAUGUCAUCAUGUCAUUGCUGUUUGUGCAUUUUCGCAUAUCCCACUAACACAAGUAAUUGAUCCAGUGUACAGUCUUAACAACAUCUUCAAGGCAUAUGAAGUACAAUUUCACCCGAUCCAAAAUCAAGAUUAUUGGCCUACGUAUACAGGUCCAAACUUCAUACCAGAUCCUAAAAUGCGACUCAAGGCAUCCGGAAGACCAUCUACAAAUAGGAUUCAUAAUGAAAUGGAUCAAUCCAAUCCAGAUAAGCCAAAAAAAUGCUCUUACUGCCGCAACGAAGGUCAUCAUAGGGGAAAUUGUCCAUUUCGUCAUUAG